UUCUUGUCGCCAAAUGGAUGCUCUUGGGAAGGGGGGAUUGUUCUGGUGGAAUUUUUCUCCGAGGGGCCACCGACAUCGAUCCAAGAGAAAACCCAAAUCCUCCUCCUCGGAAUCCAUCAACGUCCGAGGGCGUGGGUGGUCCCUCGCCGACUUCCCCCUCAAACAGGCCACUAUCGCUGCGUCCCUCACCCUCACCGGCGACACCGUCGCCCAGGUCAGGGACCGAUGGAUCGUUCAUCGCCGCGGCGAGCCGGAUUCAGAGAACAAGGACAUCACAUCAGUGCUCCUGUCACAUGAUUGGCUUCGUGCUCUACGCAUGGCUUCCUAUGGGUUUCUUCUUUAUGGUCCAGGCUCUCAGGCAUGGUAUCAAUUCCUUGAUCGUUGUAUGCCAAAGCAAACGCUUGUAAAUCUGUCGAUUAAGGUUUUACUAAACCAGAUUGUACUGGGUCCAUGUGUUAUUGCUGUUGUUUUUGCAUGGAAUAAUUUAUGGCUAGGGAAAUUAUCGCAGCUACCUUCAAAGUAUCAAAAGGAUGCUCUUCCUACACUUUUCUAUGGGUUUAGGUUUUGGAUUCCUGUUUCAAUACUUAAUUUUGGGGUGGUUCCUUUAGCUGCUCGUGUUGCAUUCAUGUCCUCCUGCUCCAUUUUCUGGAACUUUUACUUGUCAACAACUAUGAGCAGAUAAAUUGUUAGAGCUUGCUGGGCAAAACCUGGAGGUUCUCUCUCCCUUAAAAAUGUGGGGGUAAUGAUGGCUUCAGUUUCACUUAUUCUUGCCAUUGCAGGCGUCUGGUUCCUUGAUCACGUUUGAUUUGGAGGUGUUGAAUAUAGUUCUCCAGAGUUUACAAACAGGAGAACUUAGAAAGUGUUUAUUUAGAAAAAAAUUAUUGUAAUUUGUUGAGACUUGAAUAUUCUUUCCUUAUUCUUUUCUGGCCAAUGUUGUGUAUGGAAGGUAUUUUAAUUUUCAAGUUGUUUGUAGAUUAAAAUGGUUUGUUGUAUGACAGCAGCCUUAUGAUCAAAAUCUACUUUUAGAUUAUUGUAA